ACUCUUGUUGCACAGGUUGUGAGCGAGGGUAAGAGAGGGAGGAGAGAUAGAGAGAUAAACACACUCCACCUAAAACGUCAAACACGAGUAAGUGUCAGACAGAAACAGGCAGAGAGGAAGAAGUGAGGGAACAGGGGAGAUAAAGGAUAGGAGAAAUAGCUGGCCGUGAGUGAAAGAGGAGAGGGACAAAGAUAAACAAAGAGAAGUUCAUCUGUUUUGUUUUUGAAGGGAGACAGUGGCAGAGAGGUAUAUAUAGAGAGAGGUAGACCCAGCAGAAGCAGGACUACUGUACAGUGUGUUGUGUUGGGACCUUCCUCCAGGGAGCCUAGUGGAGCAGAGCUUGGUGCCUGGUGAGAGAGUGACCCCCCUGGGACACAGACACAGCCAUGGAUCCCUCUGCGUUGGAUGAGGUUGGAGACGAGUGCAAGGAGAGCAGGAAGAUCCACUUUGCUGUGCAGUCCUCGGCACCCACCCAACUGGACCCCCGGCAAGUAGAGAUGAUCCGGCGCCGGCGGCCCACACCUGCAACACUGUUCAGAGUGGCAGACCAGUGUUCUCCUGAGGAUGAUCAGUCCAGCCACCAGUGGAUUGUAGGAGAGAAUGGGGUACUCAAGCCCAAGCGAGUCAACCCAAAUGUGUAUCAGCCACCAUCCCUGAAAGCCGUCCAGAAGAUGGCUGAGGCACACAUGCAGAACCUGGGUGUCUACCCCCCCUUGGAAGACCCCUUUGAGGGGGAGGAGUACGACGACUACCCCUGUCAUGAGGAGAGGGAGGAGAGAUUCCCCACCAAAGCUGCUGACCCCCAAGCGACCAGCACCACAGACCAAUCAGAGAAGCCGGAUGAAGAGGAAGAGGAGAAAGAGAAAGAAGAGGAGAAAGAGGAGGAAACGACAGAAGAAAAGACAGAGGAGAAGGCAAAGAAAGUGCGCAAAAGUGUCAAGUUUUAACACUACUUUGAAGGGAACAAAUGAAGGGAGAGAGAUGGUGGCAGAUGUGUGAACGACUGAGUGAAUGAAUGAGUGACUUUAAUGUGUGAACGUGUGAGUGAGAAAGAGAGCUUCUAAGUUUGAAUGGUAAGUAUUCAAAUUAAAUGAAUGAAUGAAUGUAGGUACUGUCUGCAAAUCUGUGAGCAAAGAAAUCUGGAAAGCGAGAGGGAGAGAGGGAGAGAGAAUGUAUAAUAGAUAUGGCCCUUGUGAAGAGGUGAGGAGUGGCUCCUUAGAACUAAUGAGACGAGUGGAUAGGUCCCCCUCACUGCAAAGCUAGUCUUCUCUUCCAUGUCAGGGGAACCAGCCAUUCACUUCUCACUUUCUUACUUUGCUCUUUGAUGUUACAAAGCAAUGGAAUAAUGGCUAGAAAUAAUUACACAGCACUCAAAAUAACUGCAAACAGACAAACAGCUUGAUGAACAGCUUCAGUAUAGAGCACACACACACACACACACACACACACACACACACACACACACACACACACACACACACACACACACACACACACACACACACACACACACACACACACACACACACAGAGGAGAUAUCUUCUCACUGUCAGUUCAGACUAUAUUCUAAAGCUGUUCCGUUACUGUGCAGAUAUGAUAAUACAGACUCCCUUUCAAAAUCACAAAGACCUGUAUAAUGUGUACCAAAUGUCACUCUGGCCUAGAUUGGAUAUCUGCAGCAUGAUCAUAUUGAGAUCUUGUUCUUGGAAGAAGUGGGCAGCUGCUGCCAUCUUGUGGCAAGAUAGGGGAUGUAGAAUAACCAGAGCAUGUGUAUUGACAUGGAUUUACAUACAAUAAACUGUGCACUGCAUAGGCCUUCAGAUAAUAUGCAUCUAUAUAAUUGAAAUGAUCUAGAUUUGCAAUGUAUUUGAAACAUUUAUUUGUGAUGCAUUUGAAGUUAUUUUUGGUGUCCAUCAAAGCUAUGUGUGUAAAUGAUGUACUCUGGGUGUAUGUGAGGAUUGCCAUGCUUUUGUAAAAGUAGUCCAAUUUAGUUUUUUUUGUGAGGAAAAAAAAUGUAUUCAUUUUGUAUGCAGAAUCAGAUUCGUUUUGUUUGUUUGAUUAAAUAAUUUCCUGUGUAAAGAUGCAUUAAUCAACUUAGCUGUAUAUGGUCUCUUUCUGUUGAACAAUUGUCACAACAUUUAGUAACCUUUUAGUCAUGACUUGGAUAACUGUGUUUUUCAUAUUCUCAUGGAAAACAACGCAGACAAUACAAUACAUAGUGACUCUCUUUCUCUUCCUGCUGAAAUGGAAUGACACAUUUGAAUAUUAAAAUAUUCACCCUCAGAAUGUCAUUACCAAUCAUAUACUCAUUGAUAAUGUCAGUCUAAUAAACCGUUUUCUUUAUUUCCAUCGCAUCUGUUCUCCAACUGCAGGAUUGCUUGAGUCAGCGGAAUAUAUUUUGAUAGUGGUACAGCUGAAUGUCUCAAUCUGUACCAAACUGCUAAUAUAUUGUAAUUGUUUUGAUUCUCUUUUUGUUGGACAAUUGAACAUGUGUAUGCUCUUCUCUCUUGCCUGGGUGUAUGGGCUGGGCAGCCCUUUAAAGUGUUGAGACAUAUGGCACCUACUCCCUCCAUUCUCUCACUGUCUGGCUGGAGUGAGCAUCCUCUCCUUCUCCAAGUCUCUCUAUCCUCCUCGCUCAAUAGGCGAGUGCCAUGGCAAGAAUGAACUCGAAUCGAUAAUAUUCUUCUUUAUUUCAUUAUUUUUUUCUGUUCUUGCUAAAGAUGUAGACAUUUCAAUGUGAGCCACAAUAACAAUAUCUAAAUAAACACAUUUUCCUGA